CCUCGCAUCCUUGGAAGCAACAAUUAAGCAGCUCUGGGAUAAAACACACAGCCCGCGGGAGCACGGGGGCAUUGCUUCAAGAGAUGGCAAGGCAGGCAGCUGCACCCCUCCUCCCCGGAGUCCUCCUCCUCCUCUCCAUCCUCCCGGCUACUCAGCAAGGAGGGGUUCCUGGUGCUAUCCCGGGAGGGGGAGUCCCAGGAGGAGGCUUUUUCCCAGGUGCUGGAGUUGGAGGUUUGGGAGCAGGACUCGGGGCUGCAGGAAAACCUCCCAAACCAGGGGUCGGAGGACUUGGGGGGGUCGGAGGACUUGGGGGACUUGGUCCCCUUGGCCUGCAGCCAGGUGCUGCGGGUCUGUUCCCCGGAGCUGCCUUCCCCGGGGGGGUGUUCCCGGGAGCCGCCUCGGCUGCGGCGCUCAAGGCUGCUGCAAAAGCUGGUGCUGGCAUUGGAGGCGUGGGUGGAAUUGGUGGUCCUGGUGGCCUCGGGGUCUCCACAGGUGCCGUGGUACCGGGCGCGGUGCAGCCCGGCCUUGGCGCGGCAGGGAAACCCCCUAAAAUACCAGGUGCUGGGAUUCCUGGAGCUUUUCCAGGAGGCGUGCUCCCCGGCGCAGGUGUUCGCUUCCCUGGCGUGGGAGUACUGCCUGGAGUCCCCACUGGAGCUGGAGUCAAACCUAAAGCCCCAGGAGCUGGAGCCUUUGGAGGAAUCCCUGGACUGGGAGGUUUUGGAGGUCAGCAGCCCGGUGUCCCUUUGGGUUAUCCCAUCAAAGCUCCUAAGCUCCCAGGUGGCUAUGGACUGCCCUACACCAAUGGCCUCAGGCCCGGUGGGAUAGGAGCCGGCCUCCUGGCAGGAAAGGCAGGAUACCCCACCGGGACAGGGGUAGGAGCACAGGCGGCAGCAGCAAAGGCAGCAGCGAAACUUGGAGCCGGUGUCUUGCCCGGUGUUGGCGGCAUCCCGGGAGUUGCACCUGGUGUCGGCAUCGGCGGUGUCCCAGGAGUUGGAGUUGGAGGACCGGCAGCGGCGGCAGCAGCGGCAAAGGCAGCGGCAAAGGCGGGAGCUUUUGGGGCAGUGCCCGGAGUUGGAGGUGUCCCUGGUUUGGUACCCGGUGUCGGAGGUGUCCCUGGGGCAGUGCCCGGCGUCGCAGGUGUCCCCGGGGUGGCAGGGGUGCCGUCGGCAGCAGCAGCAGCAAAGGCAGCUAAGUACGGUGCCGGCGUUCCCGGUGUCGGUGUGGGUGGCGUCCCCGGCCUCGUGCCCGGAGUCGGAGGUGUCCCUGGCUUGGUACCCGGUGUCGGAGGUGUCCCUGGGGCAGUGCCCGGCGUCGCAGGUGUCCCCGGGGUGGCAGGGGUGCCGUCGGCAGCAGCAGCAGCAAAGGCAGCUAAGUACGGCAUUCCUGGUGUUCCUGGUGUUCCUGGAGUUCCCGGUGUCCCUGGUGUUCCUGGCGUGCCUGGGGUUCCUGGUGCUGUGCCCGGUGUUGGAGUGGGUGGCCCAGCAGCAGCGGCCGCAGCCAAGGCUGCAGCGAAAGCAGCGGCGAUUGGAGCAGGACGCGUUCCCGGAGUGGGCGUUCCCGGAGUGGGUGUGCCAGGUGUUGGUGUGCCCGGUCUGGUGCCUGGGGUCGGCGUUCCAGGAGGUCCGGCAGCCGCUGCCAAAGCAGCCGCCAAAGCAGCCAAGUACGGAGCAGGUGGCCUGGCUCCUGGCGUGGGUGGCCUGGCUCCCGGCGUGGGUGGCCUGGUUCCUGGAGUAGGUGGCCUGGUUCCUGGUGUUGGAGGUGUCCCAGGUGUCGGAGGUCCAGCAGCAGCGGCCAAAGCAGCAGCCAAGGCAGCCAAAUUCGGUGCUGGGGUUGGAGGGGUGCCAGGGGUGGUGCCUGGCGUGGGCGGAGUGCCCGGAGUGGCACCUGGCGUUGGUGGUGUGCCAGGCUUGGUGCCAGGGGUGGGAGUACCUGGAACUGGCAUCCUUCCCGGGGCAGGCAUCCCCCAAGUAGGGGUGCAACCUGGUGCUAAACCUCCCAAAUUCGGUGUUCCUGGGGUUGGAGUCCCAGGAGUUGGUGGCCUCCCAGGUGGCCUUGGAGUCGGUGGGCUUGGAGUUGGUGGCCUCGGAGCUGCUGGGAAACCUCCCAAGCCAGGCGCUGGAGUUCCCGGCUUCGGCGUAUCACCGGUGUUUCCAGGUGGGGUCGGCGGCCUGGGAUUCGGUGGGAAGCCCCCCAAGCCCUACGGAGGAGCUCUGGGUGCCCUGGGCUUUAGAGGCGCGGGCUGCGCGGCAGGGAAGUACUGCGGCAGGAAGCGGAAGUAACGCUCCGUCAGCGAUCACCUCAUGAACUUUGGUGCUACUGCAUGGUCCAGAAUGUAAAUCCGAAGCAAAGCUGAGACACCCUCUCCUCAAGCCCCGGACCCCCCCGUCCAUCCCGGGGCCGCGCCCGGCCCCGCGUUCCCCGGAGGGACCCCGCGUUCCCCGGCAGCGUCCGGCCCCCCCGCCCCUCGGUCCCGGCAGGGAGCGCGGAAUAAACUGCGGGGAGCAGCCGUCCCCCUUGGUGCUAUCGCUCUCUGCGGGAUUUGGGGGUGCUGGGCUGUCGCGCUCCUCCCCAGCCCCAGAGCUGACCCCGGGGGGGACACAGGAUGAGGGGCACCCCACAUUGGAGGAAGGGAGGGAGGGAGGGAAGGGGAUGCCGGCGGCGGGGCUGUGCGGGGAGGGAUGGCCCCGUCAGCCUGGCCCCCGCCCCAGUCCCCGCGCUCCCCCCGGUUUUGGGGGGGCCGCGGGCAGGAGGGGAUCAGUCCCUUCACGUUGCUCACUUUGCUAUAACUGGGUGGGACGCCCUAUACAGAGGGGCUCGCUUCUGACAGACUAAUAAAGGACAAG